AUGGAACUCUGGAAUCACACCUCUGUAACGGACCUCAUCCUUUCAGGCCUGUUCAGCCACUCAUCAUAUGGCUUCUUCCUCUUUUCUCUUGUCCUUCUGGCCUCUGCUGCUGCCCUUGCUGGCAAUGUCCUCUUCCUUCUCCUCAUCCAGGCCAAUGCUCACCUGCACACCCCUAUGUACUUUUUCCUCAGUCAACUCUCCAUCAUGGAUUUGACCAUGAUGUGCACUGUGGUGCCCAAGAUGGCAGCCAACUUUCUCUCGGGCCAUAAGACCGUCUCUUGGGGAGGCUGUGGAGCUCAAAUCUUCCUGGUGGUCAUGGUAGGAGGAGCCGAGUGCUUCCUCUUAGCGGUCAUGGCCUACGACAGGUAUGUGGCAAUUUGCCACCCCCUGCGGUACCCAGUGCUCAUGAACUGGAAGGUCUGCUGUCUCAUGUCCUUAGCGUGCUGGAUGGGUGGGGCGGCAGACAGCGUGAUCGACGUGGCUGUGGUCUUCAGCUUCUCCUACUGCGGCCCUCGGGUGGUGGACCACUUCUUCUGUGAGUUCCCUGCACUGCUGCGUCUUUCUUGUGCUGACACCUCCCUCUUUGAAGACCUGGUCUACGCUUGCUGUGUGGUCAUGCUGCUAAUGCCUCUUGGAGUCAUCGUGGCUUCCUAUGCCCGAGUCCUCAUGGCUGUCAUUAGGAUGCCCUCCACCGAGGGGAAAAAGAAGGCCAUGGCCACUUGCUCCUCCCAUUUGACUGUGGUGUGCCUCUACUACGGGGGAGCCAUUUUUAGCUACAUGCAGCCAUUCUGGUCUAGGACACCAGCUGGAGACCGGACCACCUCCAUCUUCUACACCAUCCUCACGCCAAUACUCAACCCACUCGUUUACAGUCUGAGGAACAGAGAGGUAACAAGGGCACUGAGGAAAAUGCUGGGGAGAAGGGGAGUGUAG